CAGGUCAUGUGACCAACCCCCCUCCUCUGGGUUUCAGAAGGGGUCUCCAGAUAGGUAGCUCGAGCUGUUCACUUGUAUGGAACCAGAUAUCGCCUCUUCCUCUCACAACCAGUACAAUAUCGACGGUAGGAAAAAUACUGCUUUCCCAAGACAUGCCCCUCUAGCGAACCUCUUUGAUGUAAAUACUACCGAGCCAGGAAUCACAGCUUUACAGUGUCUCUGGAGGAGGAAUCGAAGAGGCAGCAGGAGGAUCCACCCAGCACCAGCGGACCAACCAUGACCUCUGACACUGACCAUCGUCAAGACGGCCCACGUCCAGUUCUCUCCAGGAUAGCGAGCACCUCUGAGGAGGAUGUUCUCUGUCCUAUUCCACCUCUCCCCCCCGGACCUGAUUCUCGGUACGAGAGAAUUGGAGGCCAAACAGGGACUUCUUUUUUACAGACCCUGAUCCACCUCCUGAAGGGGAACAUCGGCACAGGGUUGCUAGGUCUACCUCUGGCUGUCAGGAACGCAGGCCUUGUGUUAGGACCCCUGAGUCUGUUUGCCAUGGGGAUAAUAGCAGUCCACUGUAUGAAUCUGCUUGCAAAAUGUUCCCACCACCUCAGUGCAAAGUUGAACAAGCCCUUUCUGGACUAUGGUGAUGCUGUGCAGUAUGGUAUGGAGAAUGUCUCGUGGCUGAGAAGGCACUCAAUAUGGGGGAGGCGGAUAGUGAACGUGUUUCUGAUCAUCACCCAGCUGGGUUUCUGCUGUGUCUACUUCGUCUUCCUCAGUGACAACGUCAAACAGGUGGUGGAGGCCUCUAACGGGACAACCAUGAACUGCCACAGAAACCAGACGGCUGUGACCGUCCCCAGCUUUGACUCCCGUCUCUACAUGUUGUGUUUCCUGCCAGCUGUUAUACUCUUGGUGUUCACCCCAAACCUGAAGUAUCUGGCCCCACUCUCUCUGGCAGCCAACCUGGCCAUGUGUACUAGUCUGGUCCUCAUCUACUUCUUCUGCUUCACGAACAUCCCAAAUCAUAUCAACCUUCCCAAGGUGGGUCGUGCCAAAGACUACCCUCUCUUCUUUGGAACGGCCAUCUUUGCUUUCGAGGGGAUAGGAGUGGUCCUGCCCCUGGAGAACAAGAUGCAGAAGCCUCAGAGUUUCAAUAUGGUUCUAUGUCUGGGUAUGGGCAUCGUCACCUUCCUCUAUAUCAGCUUGGGGACCAUAGGCUACAUCACCUUUGGAGAGGCCAUAGGGGGAAGUAUCACCCUUAACUUACCCAACUGCUGGAUGUAUCAGAUUGUAAAGCUUCUCUACUGUUUCGGUAUCUACAUCACCUUUGCCCUUCAGUUCUACGUGCCAGCUGCGAUCCUGAUUCCUCCUGUGUUGUCCCGCUUCUCAGAGAGAUGGGAACUGACGGUUGAUCUCCUGAUCCGCACUGCGCUCGUAGUCUUCACCUGUGUCCUGGCCAUAUUGAUCCCCCAGCUGGACCUGGUCAUCUCUUUAGUGGGGUCCGUCAGUAGCAGUUUCCUGGCUCUCAUCUUCCCUCCACUCCUCCAGAUCCUCACCUACCACAACGAAGGUCUGUCUCCCUGGGUCAUCGUCAAGAACACCCUGAUCUCUGUCAUCGGCUUCCUCGGCUUCAUCACCGGCACCUAUAUAUCCAUCACAGAGAUCAUCAAACGCAACGGCAGACAUGACAAUCUGGAUGUGACCUUCUUCCAGGUCCAGUGAGAGAUCUAGUGAGGAAGAGGAGGAUAUCUUGACAGUGGUUGGUCUGGCAAACAGUGGAGGCUGGCGAGUGGAUAAAAUCUGAAGACGGGCUCAUUUUUAGUAUGGAUGGUACCUUCCUUUGAUUUAGUGACACCAGCCUCCACUGCUGUCAAACAAUCACAGUUAAAAGAUGUCUUCACCCUGACUUCAGACAUGUGUUUUUCUCACUUGCUCAAUUGUCCAUUGAUUAAACAUUUAUUGAUAUUGUGA